GGGGGCAGAGACGUCACGCGCUCGCGCUAGGGACGCCGGGAAGAAACCCGUCAACACCAACAUGGCCGACGCCGACUUGCGGCUGUGAGCGAAGCUGCGAAACCAGGCCGAGCAGCGGUGGCGGGCGGGGGGCGGGAUCAAGUCAUGGCCAGCGGCAGGCAAGGCCACCCGUCGACAGCUCCAGCGGCGUCGGCGGCGGCGUUGGCGCGCGGCAGGGCCACCGAGGAGCUUGGCAAGGGCGGCGUCGUCGCUGCAGCAGCGGCCCGCGCCAAGGCACUCCACCCGAGCCGCUCGCUUCCGGAUGUGUGCCCCAACGACUCUUCGGUGCCACGUGGGCAAGAUGGGUUGCGGGAGGCCCGGGAUGGGCCGAGUGUGGUGACGGACCAGCACAAGUGGACGGUGUACCACUCGAAGGUGAACCUACCGGCGGCGCUCAACGACCCGCGGAGGGCCAAGCGCGAGUCCGACUUCUUCACCAAGACGUGGGGCCUCGAGUUCACCGAGGUGCCCGUCCAGCCAUCGCCCCACCUGCCGGAGGUGACGCGCGAGGACUUUGAGAAGUACCUGAGCAGCACCAGCAAGUGUUACGCAGUCCACCAGAAGUGCCAGGCUACCUGUCCGCAGAAGGACGAAGUGGAUAGGGUUCUUGAUGCUGUCAGUUGCACGCACGGUAAACAGCAAAGUGAUCUGGAACAAGUGCCUAAAAUGUUUCUGAAGCCAGACUUUGCCCUGGAGGAUCCGGCCACGUUCAACACGGUGCUGCCCUGGUCACAGUUUGGCGGCGCGCAGCAACGCGUGGGCGCCAGAAACGCUCCGGCGGUGCCCGACGGAUUCUCUUCGCGCCUCCUGCAGGAGAAGCUGAGCCACUACCUGGACGUGGUGGAGGUGAACCUGGCGCGGCAGAUCUCGCUUCGCUCCGACGCCUUCUUCCAGGCGAUGGAGUCCCAGCGCGACGUGCAGGAGCACCUGCGGCGAGCGGCGCUCACGGUGCGCUCGCUGCGCUCCCUCGUGGGGCGCGUGGACACGGUGCUGGCGAGCGGCUCGCUGCGGGUGCUGCGCCUCGCGACUGCGCGACGCAACGCCGCGUCGCUGCACGGCAAGCUGAAGCUGAUGGCGGCCGUGCAGCAGACGCAGCCGACCGUGCAGCUGCUGCUGUCCACGGCCGAGUACAGCGGCGCCCUCGACCUCAUCGCCACCACGCAGGAGGUGCUGCAGCAGGAGCUGCAGGGGGUGCACAGCUUCCGGCACCUCGGCUCCCAGCUGUGCGAGCUGGAAAAGCUCAUCGACAAGAUGAUGGUGGAGGAGAUCUGCAGGUACGCCGAGGUGGACCUCAACAGGACCCUGCAGGAAGGGGAGGCCGUGCUGGAGGAGGAGCGGCUGGUGUCCCUGGUGUUUGGGUUGCUGCGCCAGCGGAGGUUGGACUUCCUGGACAUGUACAAUGACCGCAUCGUCAUGGCCGUGAGGAACAUCGUCAAGCAGACUGUGAUGGAAGCAGUUUCUCAAGUUGAUGAAAUUGACACCGAAAUCGUAACAAAGCUGGCAGAUCAAAUAAGGUUGAUGAUCUUUCCUCUUUGGCUCGACCUCCUCCAGAAGGUCUUCUCGAACCUUCUCGUAUUUCUACGUCGGGUGAAGGCCACGCUGAACGUGAUGCGGGACGUGGUGCACAUGGCGCUGGAGCGCGCUUACGAGAGGGCCCGCGAGCUGGAAGAGAGGACGCGGCCUCCUUCCCACGGUCCAUCGCAGCGCAGCCACAACUCCGCCGAACGCUCGGACCUCCCCGUGCUGGAAUGCAGGCCGGGCGGCGAGCUCCCCCAUGUCGGCCAGCAGGAGGACGCUGCUGGCGGAGGUGACACGCCGUCGAGUGGCUCUGCGUCCGACACCGACCAGACGACGGACUCCUCGGCCAGCUGUGACCAGGCCUUGGCUUCCUCGAAGGCUCACGAGGGCCUUCAGCUGCAGCUGUUGGGGGAGGAGCUGCGACUCAGCGUGCUAGAGCUGGAGCGAGUGUCCAGCAGCGUCCAGGAGUUGCUGCACAGCACCUCAGACUGCUGCCACGACCGCUGCGUCAAGUUCAUCAUGGCCAGGGCACGCCAGGACGGAUCGCUCGAGAGGCUGAGCCCCGCGGAGUUCGUGGCCCUCUCGCAGGCCGUGGAGGGGUUCGUGGCCGCAUCGGAGGAGAUCUCGGGCCGCAAGAGCACCUCACUGCGGGGGGCGCUGCAGAGCCAGGCGAGCCGCUUCGUGCAGCGAUUCCACGAGGAGCGGAGAACAAAAUUGAGCCUGCUGCUCGAUAACGAGCGAUGGAAGCAGGCGGACGUCCCCGCGGAGUUUCAGCAGCUCGUUGACUCGAUGGCCGGAGGAGUGAUCGCGCUGUCGGAGAAAAAGCCCGCAGCAUCACAAGACAAGAAGCUGGCUGACUACCUCUUUGUGGACGGGCAGAAGUACACGGUGGUGAGCACCGUGCUGCUGUUGAUCCGCAUGGUGCUGGAGUACUGCCAGUGUGUGGAGGAUAUCCCGUCCGUCACCACGGACAUGCUGCCCAGGCUCACAGACCUCCUGAAGCACUUCAACUCUCGCAGCUGUCAGCUCGUGCUGGGUGCUGGGGCCUUGCAGGUGGUCGGCUUGAAGACCAUCACCACCAAAAACCUCGCGCUGGCAUCGCGCUGCCUGCAGCUGAUCCUGCAGUACAUCCCGCUCAUCCGCGCACACUUCGAGGCCCGCCUCCAGCCCAAGCAGUACAACAUGCUGCGCCACUUUGACCACAUGACCAAGGAUUACAGUGACCACAUAGGGGAGAUUUCCGCCAAGUUGGUCGCGAUAAUGGACAGCAUGUGCGAGAAGCUGCUAUUCAGAUACGAGGUGAAGGCGCCCGUGCCGUCGGCAUGCUUCCGCAACGUGAGCAAGCAGAUGGCCAAGAUGCACGAGGCCGUGUGUGAGCUGCUGCCAAACGAGCAGGUGCAGUUGCUCUUCCUGCGGAUCAACGCCUGCUUCAAACAGCACCUCAAGGGGCAGCUGUCCCGUCUCGGCGUCGUGAGCGACGGGGGACCGCAGCACGGGCUGGUGACAUCCGACCUGGCGUUCUACGUGGGGAAUCUGCGUGGGCUGAAAGGCCUGGAGCAGCUGGACCUCAAUCUGACUGAGAUCUGGGAGCAGAAGAGAAGUGGGGUGCCACGGAGCGAACAAUGGUGACCGUCGGAAGACUUCAACUCGACGACGAUUGUGACUCCUGUUGAGGCUGAAGGUGAAUUGCGAAGGCAUUGAGGAAAGCCGUCGCCUUGGGGGGGGGGGGGGGGGGCGCACUUUGCCUCGUCGACACAAACCGUGUAAGAGCUACGCUCAGAAUGCUGUAAGGGGGAAUACUGUUGUCUUAUUUCUCUUGAUUCGUUUUUUUUUUAAUACAUAUAUGUAAAAAUGUGCAAUUUGAACCCCCCCUCCCCCCCCGCCCCGUGACAGACUGGGAAUAAAAAAAAUAAGGGAGUGAAUGGAACGGGGGUACAAAGUUUGGUGCAAUUAACGGUCGGCCGACCUGUGCCGAGCUCCACAGGGGUGCCGUCUCUCUGCAGGGCACGAUGCGAUCGUGCUGUUGCCUCCAAGUGGCGAGUCUUGUUUUAGAUACUCGUGGCUUGCAAUCGCCAAAUUUGCAAACCUGCCCCGAUGAUUUGGGUCCCUCAAUACGGUAGCCGCGUACCGACUGACCACCACGGCAUUUCGAUGAAUUACAGUUUGCACGGUUGUACACGUAACAUUUACAGCCCCUUGUGUGAAUCUGCGGCCUCCCCCCGCCGUGCGGGUUGUGUGGGUUUCUUGACCAUACUGCACCGUGCCGGUCAGUACGAGUUUGGCCUUAGGCAGGGGAACAGACACGCGGGCGUAGAAGUGCUAUGAAGUACAACGAACGUCGCUGCACUGCCCUUUGCUGACCAUCGCAUAGCCCUUGAGCCGCCUACGAAAACCUGGCACGCAUGGUGGUCACCCAUACAAGCGGUAUCCAGGCUCAAGUCUGCUUAGCAUCUUUAGUUGUGGCAAGAUCGAGUGCAUUCCGGGUGAUUUGGUCAUACUAUUCCUUCGGUCACAUUCUGCUCGCGGAAAUUUACUAAGCACGUCAUUUGCACCAGCUUUAAACGAUCGAUUCCGAAGGCGCAGAAUCCGAUGGGUUCGUCUCGAGGGAGCGUAAGAAUAGCGUUUCAAAUCGACGUACUGAUAACUAGUUUCACGCCUACCACGUUGGCUCGGCGUGGAUGGACGUGCUCACUGGGAUCUCCAUUUCAAGGGGGGGGGCCAGGACUUAUCGCUAGCUUUGAGAGUAACGCGGGAAGGGCGGGCGUUUUGUACGGAGGGGGCCCCCAUGACAGCUCGCAACUCUCGGCUGCCGUUGUUUACAUAGCAUGGAUGUGCACGCGGCGUGGCGUGGUCGUGGCAUUGGGGGAGGGUGGGGGGCGCUAUUUUUCCGGUGUUUCACUUAAAGGGUAUGUGGCUGUUAUAAUUUCCCACGUGUUAAUCCACUGCAUUGAGAGCUACCAUUUGUGGCCGGGCCGCUUCCUUAAAAAAAGAGCCGUUUCGCUCCGAGGGCCUUACCUGGUAGAAUAACAAAAGUUGUUUAAUAGUUUUAGUUUCAACUUGGCCCUGGCGUGGCCGUGUAAUACCGCGGGGUUUUGCAGUGGUGGAAAACGUGACAUCGCGCACGUCACACACCACUGCCUCCCCCCCACCCCCCUCCUGGUGGUUUCUCAGGCUACCGUUUGUCUUUAAGAAUGUGUGCCGAGGGGAUCAGUGCGAUUAGACCAGGGUCUAUUAUGUGUACAUAAAUGUAUAGGUAUAAAAUAUAUCUGAAUAAAUAAACCGAGUCGAGCCACUGUCUAGUACUACCUGAAUUAACGCGUGUCUUGGUACCUGCUCCUCAGCAGGUUGUAAAUUAUAAUGGUAAAUUAACUGCAGUGACAAUGCAAAUUUACUUACAAAUUACAUGUAAAUUACGCAAGAUGCUGUGGUAUUAACGAUAUAGGCAUUACAAGGCAUGACUUUGACAAACUCUUUUUUUUAAAUCAUACUUUCCAUGGCGACACACUUAUGUAUAGUUUUGCAUAACGAGUUACGUACUUCCGUCCAAGUUCAGCGUUCGUAAAUAUGUUGUCCAAGAGCUGGACGCAGACGGCAGGCCUGUACUGGGUUGCGUUUAAAAUUUGUUUUAUUUGAUAGGCCUUGGGAUUUUCGUAUUCUUACCUGGAAGAUGUAAAGUUUUCAUUGUUUUUCUCUAACGUAAAUGGUUGUAUGGUGUAUGCACUUUAGUGGAGGGGUGUCACUUCGGACAGUCACCUUGACAAUAAAGAGUCGGCGGUCGAAUUAUCCACGUGUGUGUGGAUCACGGUGGCAAUGCGCAGGCUGUAAAGCCGUGUGUAGGUGGCGGUAGUACACGCGGACGGUUGCCUGCCUGCACGAUCUGUGGCAUUUGCGUGUUCUAUUUCUGCUGCCUGCGUGUGGGUUUGCUCCGAGAUACUCUGGUUUCCUCUCGCAUGCACAUCCACUCGACAGAAGGGAUUGGCGGGAAAUGUUCCAUUGCAGGACUCCCUUGAUGGGAAAAAAAAACCAGACAUUUAUUUUUGUUUAGAAGGUCGUUGAGGUUCUUCCCGGCGCAAACAAAUACAAUUUCUGAACCCCCCCCCCCCCAUGCAAAAAUUAUACGUGCCUCGUGUGAAAUAUUUGUACAAAAUUGUCGUGGGUGCCAACACGUGACUUGCAACGUGCCAUCUGGUUUCUCACGCUUUGGUUUCUGUUGUGGUGGCGGUGUUGAUGAAGCUGUACGACCAAGGAAGUUGAGACUGCUCGCGAAGCAGAAUAUACGCUCAUCGCGUCUACCAAACGUUUUGUAUCACAAAGGCACAGUGCUUUGAGCGUUGCUUGUAUCAGCAUUGAGGCUUUCAGCAUUGAGUGCAUGUCUCCUGGUUUACAACCUUGCAGAGGCGGUGGUGUAAAAUCCACAUUCCUACAGUGACGUGAGCGAGUCUCCUAUAGGACAACCACCUUUGACUUCCACCGCACAGUGGUACUAGUUUUAUGGACCCUGUUGAGAUGAUGGGCUGAGAGUGUCACGAAGCAAUGUGUGUUAACUGAUGCAUUGUGGGAAGAUUAUCAUUGUACACGCAUCAAUUUUGAGUAAUUUAAUUUAUCGUUUAUCGCCGUGUGCAAAAUGCAUUUUUAUCAGAUCUAUUGGCACCCAGCAAAUAAGUUAACGUUUGUAAUAUUUUAAAUACGUCCACUAUAAAUUUGUCAGUGGAUAAUUGUACUUAAGAGUCAUAUGUUUGAUUUUAGUUGUAUUUCUAAGAAAUUAAACUAUAGCAUUCUUAAUUGUCUAGGGUGACCACAAUGACUUUUACCUGGCCAGAUGUCUUUUUAAACUACACGCCUCAUGCUCGGAGAGUAAUUUCCCGAAUCAUGAAGGCAUUAAAGAGCAUUCUUUCGUCAUCCUUAGCACAGCGUUGAUAGCCUCAUUCUGUCUCAUUCUAAUGAUCUGUUUAAGCUGUCUGCAACAUUCACAAAAGAGAAUACCUCUGUCGAUUUGGCAAGUCCGAGUUGCCAUGCUUGAUGUUUCCAUGCUUGAACCUUCCAUGGUGUCUUUCACUUGAUCUAAACAAAACCAAACACUGUUUUACAUCUGUCAGUUUACGGCUGCGCGAUGUAAAAAGCUUUGGAAGAGAGGAAGGAAAAAAAAACUAUAUUGUUUCGAUCCAAAUUUUAUUUUAUUUAAAGGUGCGAGCUUUUUCCCUUUAUUUUUUGCUAUAGCUACGGCGCUGUGUGCGCUUAAUAACUCGAGCCGGCGAGGGCAGCUUAAGGCUUCAUCAACAAAACGCAGGUGAUCGUCGCAUGUUUGGGUUACCAUGCUUUCCAUACCGGAGAGGCCUUCUUGAUGACAUCAGCUGCCAGGUUCUCGGCGAACGACCGCGUGUUUAGACUGCCAUCAUCUCAUCAACGUGCCCAUGAAGAUCUGUUUCCGGAGUUAUUUAAGUUCUCCACUUGGCAUCUCAGGAUGCCACUGUGGAGUGGAUAGCUCAAUUAGACGUUCCAUUAUAAGUGCCACCCCCCCCCCCCCCUCCAUACGAAAUAACGUGAUCGCAACCAAUUAACUAGCGCGUAAUAGCUCGUUACAUAAAGUGGUGCAAGUGCCUGAGAUGGGGACUGAUGGAACGCAUUGUGGCGUUGUCGGCAUAUCGGUGGGAAAAACCAUGGGCGUGCGCUUCAUGCUUGGAUUCUGGCGAAGCAAUGGCUGUGUUUUAAGCGACAAUUUGGACUUUUGUUUUCAGCAGCGAGGCUGUCACUUGUGCUGUUGAGAACUUAAUCCAGUGGGAGAUAAUACUACUGAUAAAAACACGUGGCAUUAAGGUUUUCUCCACGAUCUCAAAGAAGGUCACUUAAUCGUGGUCAAAACCCAAAGCCGUGGAGUAUUCUCAGUUCUGUAUUAGUUAGACGUUGUGGUACUAAGUUGGUAGUGGCGCACAGGUGGAAAUAGUAAAAACACGAUCGACAAUAAUAAUGCCCUCAACGGGAAAAAAACUACAAUAGGCGACGUUUUGGGCAAUGACCCUUCUCCAUCUGCUCUACAGAAAUACCGUUUCCCACUGUGUCACCUCUCGUAUAAUGUUACCUCUCUCGGGCAGUGGAUAUCGACGAACGUUUUAAGUAGCGUCAUUUUUAACUGUGAAAACCCACACGUUUGUCACUGUUAAUUGAAAAGCAAGUUGGGAGGCCGGGCGGGUGCCCGGAGGGAGGGGGUUGGAGUAUGGAGGGGGGGGGGGCAUGGUUGUUUGCCGCACUGAAAGCCACCCUUGAAGCUCUUGCGUUGAUUCUGAACGGCGUCGCUGGGCACGAUGGCUGGCCGACCUUGUCGCGAGAACGUGAGCCGCGCGCGCCCUGUGAGUGGCAGGUUGUGUAAAUAAUGUAACGGGCCCUCGCGACGUCACGCUCGGCGCGCGCGUGAGCACGCACGUCGGGUGAAUUGGAGGCGCAGCGUCUACACUAACGCACUUGUGCACGUACACAAGAAGACGCUUUGUAUAGCCCCCCCACUCCACUCCAACCACCCCCCCCCUCCCUCCCGCAUCGUUAGUAACGUUGAUCCCCAUCGGCUUUAAUCGCAUUUGAGCGCGUGCUUCGGAACAACGGCACGCGCGACACGGGUCAAUCCGGGUAAAAUAAUCGCGUGCGGUAGAAUUAACCCGUCGCACGGAUGGGCGAAUGGUUCCCCGCGGCUCUUGUGAGCGGUCUCGGGCUGUAUGCAGGUGCCCCGCGAGAAGUGGGGGGGGGGGGGGGCUUAGAUGUGAGGUGGAGGAGAGAAGUCUUAAUUUACUCCGCCGGACGCAAGCAGGCAUUUUGAAGGACGGGCGAUCUUGAUGUCACAACUGCCGCGCAAAAAAUGCACACGCGGAGUCUUAGGACAGAGGGCUUUGUGAGUUUGGUUGAUGUACGUGUGUAGGUGCGUUGCCGCUUUCUGCUACUGUCGGUGUGACGACCGUCAGUGCAUUGUAGGUUCACGACCACAUUUUUUGGGGGAGAUCGUAUCACGUCAAACACUUACGCUCGGUGAACUUACCGCGCUUAGGUUCGCAAUGAUGAGCGUGUGUGAUUCGACGUGUAAUGUCGCGGUCGCUGGAGUGGUUUUGACAUUGAUCUGAACCAGGUUAACGUAAACGAUUCAAAUCUUAGAUGAACAAAAACUUUUUCACUUCACAUUUUGCCGCGCUGGUAUUUUUUUCUUCCACGUGGGCAGGUUAAAUGAUUUCCGCCUCUGGUUUAAUGUUUUACUCCUAAGGUGACGCGUGGCCCUCUAUCUUAAUACGCUUCACUGCUUCAGAAAGCGUAAUUGGCGGUGUGUGUGUGUGUAAUUAAGUGUAAUUAAAAUAUUUUGCAACAAGA